UACGCACUGGGCUGUCUGAAGAAGUGCGUUUCCUUUUCAAGGGCCUGUAUGUGUGUGUGUGUGUGUGUGUGUAAAAGACAGCUGUAGCCCCUGGGUGUGCUGCGCUUCCGUAACGCUUAAAAACUGCUCACUUCAGGCGGCUUACCGUUUAGCGACUUCUCCGGUCUGUGAAACGCUGCAACAGUUGCGUUUUUUAAGCCGAACCGUUUGUUUCCUCGCGCGUUGUGAUUUUAAAAUUGAAGCGUAUUCUGUCGCCGCUGUCUUAACGGUUUUUGGGGUUAUAUUUGUACGCACGGACGAGCCGAUCAUCUUUUGUCUGCAUUGAUGUUAAAGGAAAGCUCUCCGGAAGAUCUAUUUUGCUGAAUGUGUGAAUGACCACUUGUAUAACGUUAUCUUCUGUUGAUACAAUCUAGUGGGUUUGACCCACACAUGGACUAAGUGGACAAGUCUAAAACAUCUCAACUUUAAAGCGUUUGGACACCAAGGGCUGAUCAUCUACAGAACACAUAGAUCUUUGGCCAGUUCUGGCUGCAGCUGUAUGCCUCAGGCUCAGCUCUGAUGUUACCGGCUGAAACGGGUCGACUGUGAGAGGACGAUUUCCCUCAGUUAUGUCUACUUUUGAGACGAUCUGGCCUCCCGGCACCGAGUGUGUAGCCAGGUACAACUUCCCUGGAACGGCCGACCAGGACUUGCCCAUGUGCAAAGGAGAUGUCCUUACUAUAAUUGGAGUAACUAAGGAUUCAAACUGGUACAAAGCGAAAAACGCAGCAGGACAAGAGGGUACCAUACCAGCAAACUACGUUCAGAAGAGAGAAGGAGUGAAAUCAGGCGGUAAACUGAGCCUUAUGCCAUGGUUCCAUGGAAAGAUCACACGCGAGCAGGCCGAGAGGCUGCUUUACCCCCCAGAGACAGGCCUCUUCCUGGUGCGUGAGAGCACCAACUACCCCGGCGACUACACCCUGUGUGUCAGCUGCGACGGCAAGGUGGAGCAUUACCGCAUCAUCUAUCACAACGGCAAACUGUCCAUCGAUGAGGAGGAGUACUUUGAAAACCUCAUGCAGCUCAUGGAGCACUACACUAAUGAUGCAGAUGGACUUUGUACCAGACUUAUCAAACCUAAACUCAUGGAGGGGACUGUGGCGGCCCAGGAUGAGUUCUCGAGAAGUGGCUGGGCUCUGAAUAGAAAAGAACUGAAGCUCAUCCAGACUAUCGGAAAGGGAGAGUUUGGAGAUGUGAUGGUCGGAGACUACAGAGGCAAGAAAGUAGCGGUGAAGUGUAUCAAACAUGACGCAACAGCACAGGCCUUCGUUGCAGAGGCUUCUGUCAUGACGCAAUUACGGCAUAAUAACUUGGUACAGCUGCUGGGGGUGAUCGUGGAAGAGAAGGGCAGCCUCUUUAUCGUCACUGAAUAUAUGGCCAAGGGUAGUCUAGUGGACUAUCUGCGCUCCAGAGGACGUAGUGUUAUUGGUGGAGAUCGUUUGAUCAAUUUCUCAAUGGACGUCUGCAAGGCGAUGGAAUAUCUUGAGGCCAAUAACUUUGUGCACAGGGAUCUGGCAGCUCGUAAUGUUUUAGUGUCAGAAGACAACAUGGCAAAAGUCAGCGACUUUGGCCUCACCAAGGAAGCAUCGUCUACUCAAGAUACAGCCAAACUGCCUGUUAAGUGGACUUCACCUGAGGCCUUAAGGGAGAAGGCGUUUUCCACUAAGUCAGAUGUAUGGAGUUAUGGCAUCUUACUCUGGGAGAUCUAUUCCUUUGGUCGGGUACCUUAUCCAAGAAUUCCUCUGAAGGAAGUUGUCCCACGCGUAGAGAAGGGUUAUAAGAUGGACGCCCCAGACGGCUGCCCGGCGGUGGUGUAUGACAUCAUGAAGGAGUGCUGGACUCUGGACCCUGUGGCGCGUCCCAGCUUCAGAGAACUGAGCCAGAAACUUCAAGAUAUCAUAGCCAAUGAACUGUACCGAUAAAAGACAAAAACUAGAGGAAAAAACACAGAGGAAGACCUUCACGGGACCAUUCUCAUACAGUCUGACCAAAAUCUACUCUUUAAGCAGUGGACUUGAAAAACAUCAGCAGAAUUUUCUUUUGCAAGUGCACUCUCUUUUUUUCUACUUUGCAUCGCUUUCAUGGCUUGAUUUUCUUAAUUUUGGGGAGGCUGGCCUUCUCUUCAACAACUCACCUCUUUUUGAUUUAGAAGAUCUUCAGCCUCCUCUGAUAUGUCCUCAUACACUCCCUUAUUUUGGACUUUUGAUUAGCAUAUAGGAUUUUCUGCCAAAAAAAGAGAAAAAUCAUCAGUCAAUAAAUAUCAUGAGAAAUGCUAUAUGACGGCACCCAUAAGGCUGGUUGUCUGCAAAAUCUUGUAACCAAAAAAAAUAAUUGGCACUUAGGGAGACCGUAUGCUCAUCCCGCACUGUUUUCCGUUCCAGUAGCCAAUGAAAUCCACCAGAGAAUCUUUCUUCCAUUUCACAGUGCCUUUACGCCAGAAGUCUUUUUUUAAUAUGUUGUUUAGAAGCGCUUGAAUUUCCUGCUGUCUUGCUCAUCUU